GUGAAGGGUGAUCCACACUGUCAUCAGAUCAGACCAUCUAUCUCUGAAUCUAAACCAAACGCCCACAUGUCGGCCUCCGAAACUUCAAAACCGGACGCGAAACCCUCGUCGAAUGAUCCACCUGAAUUCAACUUUAUCGGCCAAGUCAUCCCCGAUUUACCGUCGGUUCCCGGACCUGAAUUUGAUGCACAUGCACUCGCCGCCGCGGACAUCAAAGAAGUCGAAGCCCUAAUUGACGCUUUGACAGGCGAAGCUGAUAAAGAAGCUGCGCCUGCAGAAGGCCCCAUAGCUGCCGAAAAGAUGGAGCUGCCGUCGCCUUCGCCCCCGUCUUCUUCUCAACCCGGGGAAUCCACCCCACAGAUUGCAAAGACAGAGCCUGAAUUGGAUUUCGAAGCCAAUAAUUCAGAGGAUGUGCACAUGCAGACCCCGGCUCCUGAGGUGGUCGAGCCCCUAUCGCAAUUUCCCCCACGGAAGAGGGGCAGAGGGGCGGCGAAAACGGGCCUCGAGCUAGCGAUCGUGCCUGCGUCGCAAGAUUUGCCGGACUGGUUACCACCGGGUUGGCGCAUGGAGAGCAGAGUCCGGAGCUCUGGUGUUACUGCUGGAAUGAGAGACAGGUAUUUCUAUGACCCAGUCUCAGGUCGUCAGUUUAGGUCAAAGAGGGAAGUGCUCUGCUUUUUGGAAACAGGAAUGUCUGGAAGGCAGAGGGCAAAAUCAAAGAAGAAAGACACCAAUGCUGAUGUAACGCCUUUGAAGACGUCUGAGCAUCCUAGCUCAGGAGGAAAGAGGGCUAAUGGUUCGACCUUUGAUUUUCUCAACCGGCCAGCAAAAGUUAAGUGGGUUCUUACUGAUUCGGCUACAGGGUCUUGGACCCCCUUUAUUGGUGAUGAAAAGUUGCCUGAAUCCAGAAAGCAAGAAUGGGCUACAGCAUUUAAAUCCAUUGCUCUCAGAAACAGUGGUAGUACCAUGUUUCAAAGCAGGUAAUGCAGAGACUUCUCAAUGAUCACAGGUCACCAACUGGAAGAAUCACUUCUGGAGAUCUAGCCUGAGCGGUUUUUGAGCACCUUGCAACAACAGGUAAGCAGGCAUUGACUGUCUGAAUCCAAACAAUUGAAAACUUCCUUGAAAUGCAACAGACACCUUGAUGGCCUGACUCUAGCAAUAAACGCCUCAAUGUCCUGUGAAAAGGUUGUCUUUUUGUUGGGUGACAUGCAUGAGGGUGGUGCAUGAAUUCCUGCUUUUCCCUGUCACAUCCUUAACGAGAUCAUCUCUUUAUUAACAUGUAUAUUUAGAAUCAAUCUGAACAAGAAAAGGGUGUCAACUGGGAAUGUUCGAGGUUUGAUGCAUGGUCUGUAAGAUGAAUUUUAUGAAUUAUAAGGUGUGCUUGAAGCUUACUGAAUUGCAUGGUCUAUUAUAGAAAUCAUUGUCGUAA